AUCCAACCAGCGUGAAGUCGUUACGAGCAAUCGCAAUUCACAGACGCAUUGUGAUGCGCAGUCAUGUCAGAGUCUCCAAGAUCAGUAGCUCGCGUGCGCAAGUCCAAGGGCAAAGGUCUUAGGACAAGGACAGGCUGCACCACCUGCCGUGAGAGACACGUGAAGUGCGACGAGACGCGACCCGUUUGCCGCGCCUGCCAGAGAGGAAACCGCCCUUGCCAAUACACCACUGCCCAGCCGUCAUUGGGCAGCUCAGACUCGAGCACUAUUGUCUAUGUACCGUCAACAAGCAAUGAAAUUGAUCAAUCGACGACAAUACCAGCAGAAACUUCCACAACCAAAACAGCUGCUCUAGGCACGCGGCAUCAACAUUCUCGAUCCGUUGACGACACAUACACAGCAGGCGUUGAUGAAACUUCCAUGACCUAUCCCGACAAUCGCGAUGUAAAUCAAAGAAUUCAAAGCAUAUCUGCCAAUGACAACUUUGGCUUUCCAACACUGGAGCCGACUGCUCUAAACACGACUAGCCCAGCGUCAACAGCAAGCGGACAUCUAUACUCUGCAGAAGUCGCCCCUCUGAGAUGGCUCAACUUACUAAGGAGGGAUGCAUCCGCUUCUGAUACUUACCCGCAAGGUCAAGGAUACGCCGACGUCGACCAUAGCGACAGUGCAGACCAAAACCAGACGACUGGUCAUCCAAGCUUUACUCCUGUGAAUGUCCCUGGGGUUCGGCUCCGACCAGACGAAUCAUACAACAUUGAAGGUUUUCUUGACCUUUCAGACCCGGAAAGCAAACUCUUGCGGCACUUUGUCGAGAAGAUAUCUACGUGGAUCGAUCUCACAGAUCGCGACGCCUCAUUCGCUAGCAAUGUACCCACAAUGGCUCUCAAGAACAGAGGAUUGAUGCUGGCUCUCCUUGCUCUUUCAGCACGACAUCAGUCGCUGCUCUUGACUACCGAGAAUGCUAAUCGACCAGACCGCACGGUGGCUGUGCAGUACUACCAUGAAACACUACAAUACCUUCAAACUGCUAUGGAGAUACCAGAGUAUCUCAAGAGCGAUGAAUUGCUUGCGACAGUACUGCUAAUCUCAACAUACGAGAUGAUCGAUGGUUUCGAGAGCGGUUGGGAGCGACAUUUGAAGGGCGUCUUCUGGAUCCAACGGUCCCAGCUCAUCCAUGGCGAGUAUGGCGGCCUUAAACAAGCAAUCUGGUGGGCUUGGUUGCGACAGGAUAUCUGGGCAGCCUUCCGAAGCCACAGAGUGAUUCUCAGCUUCUACACUUUGAAAAAAGAAUGCUCUGAGCUGGACCGUUGGGAGCUCACAAAUCGAGUAGUUUGGCUCCUUGGCCAAUGCAUCAGCUUUGGCUCAGACUCUGAGGUAGAGGCUGGGAAGAGCAACGUGCAACAGCGCAUCCAUCGGGCUGCGUUCUUGACGGCAAGAUUGGACGAAUGGUGGUUCUACUUUGCUCCGUAUCGCACUGAAUUGCCUGUCCAAUGGCCCGAGGGAAGCGCCUUCAAGCCCAUUUGGAUCAACCCACCUUCAUGCAGUGCCGCCGUCCAAAUACACUACUUUGCACGAAUAAUGCUAGCCGUGCAUUCACCAGUCGUAUCGGGCCUCAAAGAAUUGGAGCGUCUUCAACAGACACUAAACGACGCAAUAAAUUACAUCGGAGGCGUCGCAUGCACGACAACCAACACUGCCGCCACCAUAAUCUCAACCCAAUGCCUAUUCGCAGCGGGCCUCAACACUCGCGAUCUUGCGAAACGGGAUCAAAUUGUCCAACUGCUUCGAGCUCACCAGUCUUGUACUGGAUGGCCGGUUCAUGAUCUUGCUCGGGAUCUUCAGGCUGAGUGGGCUGCGGAAUCUUCUCCGAUGACGGCGGGGACUUAGCUGUGCGUUGUGGAUGGAGAUUGUAUAUGAGUUCAAAGCGUAACUUUCCCAACUACCUUCACCAGUUGAUGGGUAAGGCUGAUGUGUUGAUGUUCGCCUUGUGCACCUGUAACCUGUGAAAUUGCGAGAAGUCUGGUCGUGGGUUUCGCAUCCUAAAUCGUAUACGGCCCCUGGCAUCUUGAAGCCAGUAACUAGAUCUAAGUACGAAAAUAUGCAUGUGCAAGGUUUCACCAUCAUCAAUCAGAAUUCGAGAGCUAUUCAUGAGUAAUCGACUGACGACCGCACCCACG